CAUGGGACGAGCUCUGCUGUAGCGAUUACAAACCCCACAGACACCUUCUGCGCCAAAGGAGGGAAACUGAACCUUUGAAUCUUAACGCAGUGAAAGGACAGGAGCAGACCCACCACGAUGUCCGUGAGCAGCCACGAGAACCGAAAAUCCCGCUCGAGCUCCGGCUCCAUGAACAUCCACCUCUUCCACAAACCAGGCCACGCCGACAGCCUCCUCACCCACCUCAACCUGCUCCGCAAGCGGCGCCUCUUCACCGAUGUGGUGCUACGUGCGGGCAACCAAACCUUCCACUGCCACCGCGCCGUCCUGGCCGCCUGCAGCCGCUACUUCGACGCGAUGUUCAGCGGCGGCCUGAAGGAGAGCAGGGACACCGAAGUCAACUUCCACGACUCCCUCCAUCCCGAGGUGCUGGAGCUGCUGCUGGACUACGCCUACUCGGCCCGGGUGCUGAUUAACGAGGAGAACGCGGAGUCCUUGCUGGAGGCUGGGGACAUGUUGCAGUUCCAGGACAUUCGGGAUGCUGCGGCUGACUUUCUGGAAAAGAACCUCUACCCUGGGAACUGCCUGAACAUGCUGCUGCUCUCCGACGCCCACUGCUGCGAGCGCCUGCUGGAGCUGUCCUGGAGGAUGGCGUUGGCCAACUUCACCUCGCUCUGCAAGACCGAAGACUUCCUCCGCCUGCCCAAGGACAAGCUGCUGGAGCUGGUGGAGAGCGAAGAGCUGGAGGUAGAGGAUGAGACGCUGGUCUACGAAGCUGUUCUAGGUUGGAUCCGGUACGAUUUGCCCCGACGCCAUGAAGUUCUGCCAGAGCUGCUGUCCUCCGUCCGCCUGGCUCUUCUGCCCGAGUCCUACCUACGGAAGCAAGUGGCCUGCGAGAAGCUGGUGACCAGCCACAAGCUGGGAGAGGAGAUCGUAGCCGACGCCAUCCGGUGCAAAAUGAAGAUCUUGCAGAACGACGGCCUCGUGACCGUGUGCUGUGCCCGGCCCCGCAAGGUCAGCCAGGCCCUGCUCCUGCUCGGCGGCCAGACCUUCAUGUGCGACAAGAUUUACGUGCUGGACCAUAAAACCAGCGAGAUCAUUCCUCGCGCCGACAUCCCGAGCCCUCGUAAAGAAUGCAGUGCCUGUGCCAUCGGGUGCAAAGUGUACAUCACUGGCGGCAAAGGCUCUGAGAACGGCGCCUCCAAAGAUGUCUGGGUGUACGACACCCUCCACGACGAGUGGGCAAAAGCCGCUCCCAUGCUGGUGGCACGGUUUGGCCACGGCUCUGCCGAGCUGUACAACUGCCUGUACGUGGUGGGAGGUCACACAGCCAUGAGCGGCGCCUUCCCGGCCUCUCCCUCCGUCUCUCUCAAGCAAGUGGAACACUAUGACCCACAGCUGGACAAGUGGUCCCUGGUGGCUCCUCUCCGAGAAGGCGUAAGCAACGCCGCUGUGGUGGGAGCCAAGAUGAAGCUGUUUGUUUUCGGUGGCACCAGCACCAACCAGAAGCUGCCCAAGGUGCAGUGCUUUGACCCCUGCCAGAACCGCUGGACGGUGCCCGCCAGCUGCCCUCAGCCGUGGCGCUACACGGCCGCCGCCGUGGUGGGCAGCCACAUCAUCGUCAUCGGCGGGGACACCGAGUUCUCCGCCAGCUCCGCUUACCGCUUCCACAGUGACACCUACCAGUGGUCCAAAUUCGGAGAUGUCACCGCCAAGCGCAUCAGCUGCCGUGCUGUCACGUCGGGGAACAGACUGUACGUGGUGGGAGGCUACUGCGGGGCGCAGCGCUGCAAAACGCUGGACUGUUACGAUCCCUCAUCCGACACCUGGAGCAGCGUCACAACAGUGCCUUAUUCCCUCAUCCCCACCGCCUUCGUCAGCACCUGGAAGUACCUGUCUGCCUGAGUCACAGGGUGGCCAGGAACCUGCGAGGCUUCACACCGGGGUUUCCCAGACUCUCACUUCACCGAGGAUCCAGGCAGAAGACACGGGCAGCAGGAGCGCCGCCUCCCGCCUAGCGAGUCUGGGAACUGGAUGCGGCCCUCGCCUGGAGCGCAGCAGCAGAGCUCGAGGCAGCGGAGCGUUCCCUCUGAACCGCUUCGGCGAAUCCCCUUUGUUCCAACCAGGCAGGGGACCAGCACGGAGAGACUCCUUGGCAGCUUGUGCUGCCCCUUGAGAGGGUGAAAGGAUUCCAGGAUUUCUCCUAACUCGGGUGAUCUCAGAGCAGGAACCAAAGGAAUUUUUUUUACUUCUUUCACUGACUAUUUUGGUUUAAGUGCUAUUUACUAGAAAGGACAAAGGAAGCUCCCAAGGAACACGGUCAGCUCUGGCCUGCGCGGCUCUGCUGUGGCUCGGAGCGCAGGCAACACCAGCGGCCUGAAAUGUCUUAACACAUGACAGCACUUUGCCUGUGGCUGGUUCUGUAUGUUUUUGGGGUUUUUUAUAUGCAGCAGAUGUGUGUGUUUAUUACUCAGCCUGGCGCUGCUUCAGUAAAUCUGAAUAAAAUCUACCCUGUC